GGAGCGGUGAUGAAUGACGGGGCUGCCUGCAGAAGUGGACCUGGGCCCUAACCUGAGGAGGCAGAGAUAGUAGGACGAGAGAGAAAGAGACAUAAAUUGGGGCGCGAGUGCAGGAGAGACAGAGAGAGAGAGAGAGAGAGAGAGACAGAGAGAGAGAGAGAGGUAAAGAGCGCGAGAGGAAGAGUGAGCGAGAGAGAGAGAAACCGUUUUUACUUUGUAGUUGCCGAGAGCGGCGUGACAGUGUGCAGAUGCCGACAGAUGUGCCCGAAGACAGGCUCAACAACGAGGAGAAAGCGACAAAGUGUGACAGUAUGACUCUGUCCAGCACCACCACUGUUCGCAGAGGAAGCACUCCUCUGCCAAUUAAGCACCAGCUCAGACGAGAAGAAGCCGUCCACGAUGACUGCGACUGGACAUCAGGUGCUGCUGGGCCAUCUGCUUCACCAAUCAGCUUUAGCCCAGCCUUGGAUGACACUCUGACUGUGGCCGUGGAAGGCAGACCUGAUGGGCCUUUAAGAAUCGCCCUGCUGGGGCAGAACGGAGUGGGGAAGUCUUCCCUGGCCCUCGCCCUGGCUGGGGACAUGGACAGGACUGCGUCUGUGGAUUCUGAAGGGGAGGGUUAUGUGCGCACAGUCACUGUGGAUGACGAGGACAGCACCAUCAUUAUCUAUGACAACUGGAGACAGGACCUGUCAGCUCUGCAGUGUGAGGUGUGUGUCCUGGUCUUUUCAGUGACUGACAGGCGUAGUUUCCACCGCACUGCUCAACUCCGACUUCUCCUGAGGGAGACUCAGCCCCAGACGCCCAUCAUCCUCGUUGGCAAUAAGAGCGACCUCGUCCGCUCGCGUGAGGUGACAUCUCAAGAGGCCAUGUCCAGCGCCGCCCUCUACAACUGUCUGUAUCUGGAAAUCUCUGCCUCUCUGGACCACCGUACUCUGGAGCUUCUAGAGUGCGCCGUGCGGCUAGCCAGGGGCCAGUCCCCCUGGCCCCCAGGGACCUGUGCGGAGGACAUGAGUGGCGGAGGUCAACGUGAAAGCAUCACCUCCCGUGCCAAACGUUUCCUGUCCAGCCUGGUGCCCCGGUAUCCACGAGAGCGAGAGGUGGGCAAGUUUAUGAGGCAGAAGUCCCGCUCUUGCCACGACCUGGGGGCGCUGUGAUGGAGUGCCACAGGGGGUCUAAUGGUCAGAUUGUUAGAACAGGCAGAGCAGCUGGAGGUGGUGUAGUAUACCAACAGAGAGAGGAAGAGGGAGUGAUACAGCAAAAAGAAGUGAGUAACAGAGUAGGUGAGAAGGUGCCAGAGUGAUGGCAGGACAUUGCUGUGAGAACAAUGUUAGGAUAAUAUAGAAAUUUUAUACACAAGACUAACACAGAAGAAGAAUGCUGUUGUAGAACACCUGUAAAUAAACCAUCAUAGUGAUACAAAACUGAAACCCUAAAUAAAUAAAAAACAUUUUUGAGGUCUUGAGAAA